UCACCCGGAACGAGCCUUUAAGGGCUUUCUCUCCUAGUCCUCUCUAGCGCAAACUGCCGCCAAGGAGAUCUUGCCGGGUCCCUUUCCCACUAAAGCUGUAUCUCUCUUGCUGUCCAGGUCACGACCAAACUUGGGUCGUGAGGUCGUGGGCAGCAUGGCUGCGUCUGCGGUCAGAGCGCUCACGGGUGCUCUCAGAAAGCCAGAUGCCUGGAUCGGACUAUGGGGCGUGCUUCACGGGACGUCCUCACACAAGCCCUGUGCUUCCUGGAAUCGAUACUUGUAUUUCUCUAGUACCAAGCUAAGCCCAUCAAAUUAUAAAACACUUUUCCGUAACAUUUUCUCUCUGCGACUCCCAGGGCUGUUAGUAUCUCCAGAGUAUAUUUUUCCAUUUUCCAUACGAUUCAAAAGCAAUAUAAGCUCCAAGAAAUCCACUAAAAAGACUCUGCAAAAAGCUGCCGAUGACGAGGACUCCGAUGAGGACCCCGAGAGGAGCGAGCAGGAAGAGGAACUCGAGGAGGAGCCCGGGGUGGUCAAGGACUACAAAGACCUGGAGAAAGUCGUACAGUCUUUCCGUUACGAUGUCAUCCUGAAGUCGGGCCUGGAUGUCGGGAGAAACAAAAUAGAAGACGCAUUCUACAAAGGUGAACUCAGACUGAAUGGGGAGAAAUUAUGGAAGAAAAGCAGAACGGUGAAGGUGGGAGAUACACUGGAUCUCAUCGUAGGAGAGAGCAAAGAGACAGGGACAGAGGUGGCAAUGCGCAUCCUCCUAAAAGCCGUCUACGAAGAGAAGACGGAAAGCAACAAGUACCGAGUGCUGUUGCGACGGUGGAAGAGCUUGAAGCUGCCGAAGAAGACUAAAUAAACUCGCUUCUACCCACAGGCUGCCUCCUGGUUGUCAAGGGGCAGCAUAAAAAGACAUUCUUACUGAAAUAAAGUUCUCGUGUCA